CACGCAUAACUAACGAUGCGGGAGGAAUUCGUACCAUGCAAACGCAUCAUAAGUUUCUUAGUGGGUGAAGGUAGGCCAACUUACGUCCGCACUCUUCAACCCCUGGUCUCUGGGUUUGUGUGCCCCCAAACGCGAUGGUGCCGUGAAGGAGUAUAUCAGCCGCACUGCCCCGCGCAGAGGAUUCACCAUCAGCCUGGAAGCAUAAUACUUCGAACAACUCCUUCUCCCUUAAAGAAAUUCAAAGUUCGCUUCACAACAAUAAGUUCUUUGAACCAAAAUCACCACAACCCAGACAACCCAAGAUGGCGGCCACAAUGGAUAUCAAGCCCAUCCUCCCACCUACGGCGUCGAAAGUAUCGGAUAUUAGAAUAUUCUCUCCCGAAUUCAACAAGACCGCUCUACGCAAUAAUAUGAGCAUGGGCACGAUUCUCCUCAUCGGUGCCAGUUUCCAAGCUAUUCUCGCUCUGCUCCCCAUUCCACGCAUCUACAGUGGCUUGCCAGCGGUUUUCAUGCUCGUCCUCAAGAUCACGGAUACAGUUCUUAUCACGUACAACAUCAAGGCAAAUCCAUAUCUGAAGAAUAUGCUGCCCAAGAAGACCACUGCCCAACCUCUGGAUCUUAAUGGAAACUUUUCCGGAGCAGGAAAACAGAAGAUCGCCGUUCUCCUCUUGGGUGCAAAGAGCAACCACCCAUUGGGGUUCUUUGCACCAGAUUUCGGCAAAGUUGGGGGCUAUCUGAAGAAAAUGAGUGAUCUGCUUGAGGACGACCACACUCAAGAAUCCGGCUUCCUUGGUCAAUCAUGUCUGAACAAGACUGACAAGAACGGUGCUAAUGAGUUUGUUUUCAUCUCAUAUUGGCGCAGUCUUGAAGAUGUUCACCGAUUCGCUCACGGUAGCCUUCACCGCGAAGCAUGGACAUGGUGGGAGUCUACGCUCAAGAGACACAACUACAUCGGAUUCAUGCAUGAGGUCUAUGAGGCUCCAGCUGGUUCGUAUGAGGGCGUCUACAUUAAUUUCCAGCCAAGUUUGCUGGGAGCUACGACUUAUCUGAAGAAAGACGGAAAGAUGGUUGCAGGAGAAGUCAGGCCAGAGUAUAUCAACCCUCUGGUUGAUGCGAACAAAGGCCCGAUGAGAACAAGCAACAACCGAAGAGGCUUGAAGGACAGAAAGGAUAUUGCCGAUGAGAUGUUCAACGAGAACAAUGCCUAUGAAACGGUUGGCACCCUCGGUGGAACGAAAGAGGCGUAAGGUGGAGAGCAAGGGUCAUCUUGGAGGCGUUGGGCGAAGUCGUUUUUCACCAGGGACGGAUUAGGGAUUCCAUAGCAUCUCCUGCAUAAUCUGAGCGAGCGUUUGUGUUGCACACCAUGAAUUUGAUGAGACU